UCUACAUGUUGGGAAAUGAUGAACCGGUCCCAUCCCUGCAUCUCCUUUUGCUGGAUGUAUUUUGCUGCUUCUGGAAUCAGAGCCGUAGAGACAGCAAACGGAAAGUAUGCCCAGAAAUUGUUUAGCGAUCUUUUUGAAGACUACUCCAAUGCUCUGCGUCCAGUAGAAGAUACGGACGCGGUGCUGAACGUCACUCUGCAGGUCACGCUCUCCCAGAUAAAGGACAUGGACGAGAGAAAUCAGAUUCUGACAGCCUAUCUGUGGAUCCGCCAGACCUGGCACGAUGCGUACCUCACGUGGGAUCGAGAGCAGUAUGACGGGCUGGACACCAUCAGGAUUCCCAGCGACCUGGUGUGGAGACCGGACAUUGUCCUGUACAACAAGGCCGACGACGAGUCUUCAGAGCCGGUGAACACCAACGUGGUCCUGCGGUAUGAUGGGCUCAUCACCUGGGACUCUCCAGCCAUCACCAAAAGCUCCUGUGUGGUGGACGUCACCUAUUUCCCCUUCGACAGCCAGCAGUGCAACCUGACCUUUGGUUCCUGGACCUACAAUGGGAACCAGGUGGACAUAUUCAAUGCCCUGGACAGUGGUGACCUCUCUGACUUCAUUGAAGACGUGGAAUGGGAAGUUCAGGGCAUGCCUGCCGUGAAGAACGUCAUCUCCUACGGCUGCUGCUCUGAGCCUUACCCAGACGUCACCUUCACUCUCCUUCUGAAGAGGAGGUCCUCCUUCUACAUCGUCAACCUCCUCAUCCCCUGUGUCCUCAUAUCAUUCCUCGCUCCACUGAGUUUCUACCUCCCAGCAGCCUCUGGGGAGAAGGUCUCUCUGGGAGUGACCAUCCUAUUGGCCAUGACUGUGUUUCAGCUAAUGGUGGCAGAGAUCAUGCCGGCCUCAGAAAACGUCCCUCUGAUAGGAAAAUACUACAUAGCUACCAUGGCCUUGAUCACCGCCUCCACAGCCCUGACCAUCAUGGUGAUGAAUAUCCACUUCUGUGGGGCAGAAGCCCAGCCAGUGCCACACUGGGCCAAGGUGGUCAUCCUGAAAUACAUGUCCAGGAUCUUGUUUGUCUACGAUGUGGGUGAGAGCUGCCUUAGCCCCCGCCACAGCCAGGAGCCAGAACGAAUCACAAAGGUUUAUAGCAAACUCCCAGGGUCCAACCUGAAAACGUCCAGAAACAAAGACCUUUCCAGAAAGAAGGAACUGAGCAAACUCCUAAAGAAUGACCUGGGGUACCAGGGUGGGAUCCCCCAGAAUCCUGACAGUUACUGCGCACGCUAUGAAGCACUGACAAAAAAUAUUGAAUACAUUGCCAAAUGUCUCAAGGACCACAAGGCCACCAACUCCAAGGGCAGCGAGUGGAAGAAGGUUGCCAAAGUCAUAGACCGUUUCUUCAUGUGGAUUUUCUUCGCUAUGGUGUUUGUCAUGACCGUUUUGAUCAUAGCAAGAGCAGAUUAG